UCUGAAGAGGCGAAAUUCUGGUUGAUCGUGUGAAUUCAACGUAUGGAAGGAAACCUAUGUGAAAUAGCAUCACCCUUUUACUUCCACCGCGAUGAACGGUCGCCUCCGUCUCUCCGAUAUCUCUGCCUCACAGCCUUUACCACAGCUCCGCUGCCGCCACCAUCUCCGCCUCAUCUUACUUCCAUUGCCAACCCACCAACGCAGUACAAUAUGUUUGUUUUACUUGAUGAUUUUUUUUUCAUGUGAAAAAAAUGAUAACUGUAUCAACUCAACCAACUAGGUCAUAGUCAUAGAUAAUAAUAUGGUAGCAUGUAGCAUUGUAAGAGAAGUAAACUAGAAUGUCCAAAGAGGUAUAUACGUAAUAUAUGGCGUUUCCGUUGUGAUCACAUUGGAAAUGAGGUGACAUUGUCCAUGUCUCUAGAGGUAACCUUUUUGAUUGCUUAUUGUGUUAUGAUUUUAAAUGAUAAACAACUAAGCUUUGUAGUGUUUUAUUUUUCCCAGAAUUGUCCGGGAUAGAACAUUAUAGCGAAAGUUGAUCCAUGCAGCCGACCCCACUUAGUGGAAUAAGGCUUGGUUGUUGCUGUUAUUUUUUCUUUUCAACAUUUAAUGGAAGUUUUUGUUUGGGGCAACACAAUUUAUUCAUACAUUUGACCGCAUCAUUUUAUUUCCGUGGCUAUUUCCUUCUUCAUUACUCUAAACUUUUUUCUGUGUCAAUAGGUAAGGAUCUUAGAUGAUGUCAUGGUGAUGUUGGGUUCAUUUGCAUGUGCUUGAUUUUAAAGAUUUUUCGCACUCUUUUUUGGCUGUUGUAUUGCUACGACAAUGUUUUUUUAGUUUGGAUUAGUGAUUUCAAGAGACUAUGCCUCUUACUUUUGAUUUUUUUUGUGUGGUACUAUAAUCGAUUUGUUAACAGAAAUGGUAAUAUGACUGACGUAUUUUGGAAUGUAUUGCUCUGAUUGGCAUCGGUUCAUGAAUCUUCCGGCUGAUGAUAAAUAUUUCGUUUAGUACAAUGCAUAUCAUAGAUAAUCCGAAAAUGUUAAGUAAAUUGUAGAAUUCGACCGUGAUUUAAUCGUUAACCCUUGCACGUGUGAGAAUGGGAACACGUGGCUUUGGAGGAGGCCCCUUUUUAUAUGUUGUCUUUCCCCUUUGUUGUCUGCUUAACACAAAACUAGGUUAAAAAAUAUUUCAAACGAGGUGGGUGGAGGAAUAGACCUUUCACAGUGACAUUUCGAGGGAAAAGUCUGUUGAUUAUAUGGAACGUAAGGGAGAGGAAAGUCCACCUAAGGGAGAUGAAGGUCCAACAAUUCCGACUGGAUGGAGUGUUAAGACGGAAGUUCAGAAAAAUGGUCCCGCAAAAAGGUCUUAUUAUUGUCCUGACACUGGGCAGCAUUUCUACACAUAUCCUAAUCUCAUGCGCUAUGUGAAUUAUGCUAAGCGAAAUCAGGUUGGCGCCUACAAACUGUGUGGUAAAGCUAUUAGAAAACGGGAAGACGAAGCGCUGAAGAAAAAAACUUCCAUUGGUCGUAGGAAGACAUCAGCUGCCCUGUCACUUCGUGGUAGACCACCACGUCCAUCAAACUCAGAUUCAUUAGCUGCUGCCAAGAAUGAUGGUUCUAAACCAUCAAGCUCAGGUGAAAGUACUGAUGAUGAGAAAGAUAAGGAUUAUGUACCCGAGCAAGGUGCCGGUGUCUCUACUCACUAGGCAACUGAUGGAGCGAGUAAAGUCCCGCAAUCAAGAAAAAAGAAAUA